GUCACGUUUUCCACUAUGUGACAGCGGCGGCGGCGCUGCGGGGUAAGGGCUGCUGUCCGCGGCGGCUGUGGGGUGGACGGACGGACGCGCGGACGGACGCGCGGACCGGCGGGGACGCGGCUCGCUUCACUGCAGAGCCAACAUGAACGGAUAUGCCGAGUACCCCCCAAGCCCCGGUCCCCCUGUCCAGGAGCCAGAGGAGACUGAGCCCCGCGGAGCCCAGCUCCAGGAAGAUGUGCACAUGUGCAGUGGCUCCAGCGGGAAUGAAACUGAGGAGAACUGCUCCCCGGGGCAGGACUGCCGGGGCAGCCAGGAGCUGGGGAUGCUGGUGGGGCCGCCCAGCGCCCCCCCUGGUCCCAAUACCUUCGACCUCAUGAUGGCAAAGUCCGAACACAGCACGUCUGCAAGUGGCUGCAGCGAGCAGUCCGCCAAAGCAGACACGCACAAGGAGCUGAUAAAAACGUUAAAGGAGCUGAAGGUCCACCUGCCAGUAGACAAGAAGGCCAAGGGGAAAGCCAGCACACUGGCCACCUUGAAGUACGCGCUAAGGAGCGUGAAGCAGGUGAAAGCCAAUGAGGAGUAUUACCAGCUGCUCAUGUCCAGUGAGAACCACCCCUGCAGUGCCAACGUGCCCUCCUACACCAUAGAAGAGAUUGAGAGUGUCACCUCCGAGUUCAUUGUGAAGAAUGUGGGUAUGUUUGCUGCGGCCGUGUCCCUGGUCACUGGGAAGAUCCUGUACAUCUCUGACCAAGUUGCCUCCAUCUUCCACUGUAAAAGGGACGCCUUCUAUGGCGCCAGGUUUGUGGAGUUCCUGGCGCCUCAUGACGUGAGCGUGUUCCACGCCUCCACCACGCCUUACAAGCUCCCGCCCUGGAGCAUGUGUAGCGGAGCAGAUUCGUUUACUCAAGAAUGCGUGGAGGAGAAAUCAUUCUUCUGCCGCGUCAGCGUUGGGAAAACCCACGAGAACGAGAUUGACUACCACCCGUUCCGCAUGACACCUUACCUGGUCAAGGUGCGGGACCCGCAGGGCACCGGGGGCCAGCUGUGCUGCGUGCUGCUGGCCGAGAGAGUACACUCGGGCUACGAAGCCCCUAGAAUUCCUCCUGAAAAGAGAAUUUUUACGACCACACAUACACCAAAUUGUCUGUUCCAGGAUGUGGACGAAAGGGCGGUCCCCCUCCUGGGCUACCUACCUCAGGACCUGAUUGAGACCCCCAUGCUCCUGCAACUUCACCCGAGUGACCGGCCUUUGAUGCUCACCAUCCAUAAAAAGAUUGUACAAUCCGGUGGGCAGCCCUUCGACUAUUCUCCCAUUCGGUUCCGUGCCCGGAACGGCGAGUACGUCACUCUGGAUACCAGCUGGUCCAGCUUCAUCAACCCAUGGAGCAGGAAGAUCUCCUUCAUCAUCGGCAGACACAGAGUCAGGGUGGGCCCUUUGAAUGAGGACGUGUUCUCAGCUCAGUCUCCAGUGGAGGAGAAGGACCCGCCCCCCCGCAUUCAGGGGCUCACAGAGCAGAUCCACCGGCUGCUGCUCCAGCCUGUCCCCCACAGCGGCUCCAGCGGCUACGGGAGCCUGGGCAGCAACGGGUCCCACGAACAUCUCAUGAGCCAGACCUCCUCCAGUGACAGCAAUGGUCACGAGGACUCCCGCCGCAGGAGGACCGAAAUUUGUAAAAAUAAUGGCAACAUCAAAAACAAAAGUCAUCCUGGGGAAUCUGGAGAACAAAAGGAAAAAUCUGCAACAGAGACUCCGAGUAGUUCCUCUGCUCAGAUGAAAGCUGUCCCCGUGGAACAGGACAGCUCUGGUACUAGCCUGCCCGCGGGCGGCUCUCCUGAGGAGCUGGGCUGCAGGAACCCGCCCGCUGGCUCCUACCAGCAGAUCAGCUGCCUGGACGGUGUCAUCAGAUACCUGGAGAGCUGCAGUGAGGCGGCCACCCUCAAGAGGAAGUGUGAGUUCCCAGUGAACGUGGCAACGCAGGCCAGCGAUAAGCGACAGGCAGUGGCCAGCCCCCGGCUGCCUUCCGCAGAGACAGCGUCAUCCUCCAAGGUGAACAGCCACGCAGGGGUCAGCGCACACCUGCCAUCGCUGACGCUGCCCAGCAAGGCGGAGAGCGUUGUGUCCCUCACCAGCCAGUGCAGCUACAGCAGCACCAUCGUGCACGUGGGCGACAAGAAGCUGCAGCCUGAGCUCGAGCUGGUGGAAGAUGCCAUGAGCGGGCCUGAGUCUCUGGACGGACGGCCGUGCAUCCUGGGUGCGGAGAAGGAGCCCCUCAGGACGCUGGGCCUCACCAAGGAAGUGCUGGCCGCACACACCCAGAAGGAGGAACAGAGCUUCCUGCUCAAGUUCAAGGAGAUGCGGAAACUCACUAUCUUCCAGUCUCGCUGCCAUUAUUACUUACAGGAAAAGUCCAAGGGGCAGCUAAGUGAGAGAACUGCACCAGGACUAAGAAAUGCUUCUGGAAUAGAAUCAUCUUGGAAAAAAACUGGGAAGAAUAGAAAACUGAAGUCCAAACGGGCCAAGCCUCGAGACUCUUCUGAGAGCACUGGGUCUGGGGGCCCUGCACCCCACCGGCCCCCACUGAUGGGCCUGAAUGCCACAGCCUGGUCACCGUGGGACACGUCCCAGUCCAGCUGCCCCACGACGCCCUUCCCUGCCUCGGUGCCUGCUUACCCCCUGCCUGUGUUUCCAGCCCCAGGAAUCAUGCCCACACCAGGGAUGGUGGCGUCGGCACCCCUGGCUCCCCAGGCCAGCUUCGCGGUGCCUGCCGUGCCCAUGGACACCCAGCAUGAGUUUGCCAUCCAGCACCCGCCGUUCGCUGUCCCCUUGACCCCAGUCAUGGCAUUGGUGUUACCCAACUAUUCCUUCCCUUCAGUGACCCCCAGCCUGCCCCAGGCCUUCUUCCCAGGCCAGCCUAACUUUCUGUCGGAGAUGAUCCCUGCCUCGCAGCCUGAGCUCCCCGGCCGGACCUCACCCCACAAAGCGCCAUGCACAUGUCCUCUGUCAGAGCGUGGGCUGGCAGCUUCUCAUGCAGCCACCCCCAUGUACCCACCGUCUGCCUCUGGGCCCCCGGGCAGAGCCUCCCCUCCGCUCUUCCAGUCCCGAGGGAGCUCGCCUCUGCAGCUCAACUUGCUGCAGCUGGAGGAGGUCCCUGAGGGCAGCACCGCAGCCUCAGGAACGGCAGGACCCGCAGGGACAGCGGGGACAGCGGGUGCGGGGCCCGACUGCAGACCUUCCACAUCCUGGGACCGGCAGCCGAAGGCCUUGCCAAUCCGUGAGGAACCUGCAGAUGCCCGGAAUAGUGAUGCCCUCUCCACAUCCAGUGGCCUGCUCGACCUCUUGCUGCACAAGGACCUGUGCUCGGCCACAGGGUCAGCCCUAUCUGGGAGUGGAGCCUCUGCUACAUCCGACUCCCUGGGCUCAGGCUCACUGGGCUGCGCUACAUCCAGAAGUGGAGCAGGCAGCAGUGACACAGGUCACACCAGCAAGUAUUUCGGAAGCGUUGACUCUUCGGAGAAGAACCACACAGCGAAAGCGAAGGCAGAUAUGGAAGAAAGUGAACAGUUCAUCAAGUAUGUCCUGCAGGACCCCGUCUGGCUGCUGAUGGCCGACACGGAUGACAGCGUCAUGAUGACCUACCAGAUGCCUUCCCGGAAUCUGGAAACAGUGUUGAAGGAAGACCGGGAGAAGCUGAGAGCCAUGCAGAAGUCCCAGCCCCACUUCACUGAGGGCCAGAGGCAGGAGCUGCUGGACGUGCAUCCAUGGCUGAGGGGCGGUCGCCUGCCUGCCGCCCUGGACCUCACGGAAUGUGUUUACUGUGGGAACAAGGGACAAGACAACAUCUGCCCAACGUACGAGGAAGAUACUCCUCCUCUGGGUCUCAGUGAAGCCACAGACGCCAAAGAGGAGGAAAAUGGAGUCCCCUUGAGUCACAGAAGUGAAGAGCGGACCUAGCUCUCCUCCCCGUGCCCCGACAGCUCGUGAUCUACGUUAGAUGGUGCUCAGAAGCGAUGAAAGAUUUUCAUAUCUGUUUGUAAUGAAAUGGACAGAUAAACUUAUCGCUUUUUUUGUUUUAGAAAAAAACAUAGUUUUCUGAAGGAAUGAUUUAAAACUGUGGAGAGUGGGAAGGGUCGGGGAGGAAAUACACUUUGGUAUUUAAAACAUAAAUACAGAGUUUGGGACAGAUUUCAUUAUUCCUUAACUUGAGAAAGCUGGAAUGCCCUCAGCACGCAGCAGGGAGGUUGCCCUAGGGCUCUUAGAGGUCUGUGCCCCAAGG